AUGACUCGCAACCGUCGUCAGCCCUGGGCCACUACACCUCUGAUUGAGUCCCCUCACCUUUCGAAGCUAGCGGGUUGCAGAAUUCUCCUCAAACUCGACAACCUGCAACCAUCCGGCUCUUUCAAGUCUAGGGGCAUUGGCAACUACCUCCUCCGCCGCAUCCAAGAGAGCGAAGCCGAAGGAAAAAACCCGCACUUCUACGCAUCCUCUGGGGGUAAUGCAGGCAUUGCCUGCGUUGUUGCGGCCCGGUCCCUGGGCUACAAUGCCUCGGUCGUGGUCCCAACUACAACUAGCCCGGCCUUGAUCGCGCGACUGUAUGCCGAAGGUGUCACCAAGGUCGUUCAACAUGGCCAGAGCGUCAUGGAUGCCGACAAAUACCUCAAGGCUGUGGUUCUGCCCGCUGACCCCGAUGGUGUCUACGUGCCGCCGUUUGACCACCAAGAUGUCUGGGAUGGAAACUCCACAGUCAUGCAAGAGAUUGCGGUUCAGAUGGAAGGCGAGAAGCCAGACGCCGUUGUCUGCAGUGUUGGUGGCGGCGGUCUCAUGAACGGGGUCGUGCAGCAGCUUGAUAAGCUUGGCUGGAGCGAUGAUGUCAAGGUGGUGGCAAUGGAGACUGAUGGCGCGGACUCACUCAACCGCUCCCUGCUCGCCAACGAGAUUGUUACGCUCCCCAAGAUCACGUCACAGGCACGAAGCCUGGGAGUAGCCACUGUCUCGAAGAAGACUUUUGAAUACGCCCAGAGACCUCAGGUGGUUAGCGCCGUGCUCCCCGAUGGCGAGGCGGCGCGUGGCUGUUUGAUACUUGCUCGACACGAGCGCCUCAUGGUCGAGCUCACCGCCGGUAUCGCAAUCGUGCUGUGCGAGAAUCGCCAGCUGGACAAGCUGAUCGGCCGGGAGCUCACCGGGGAUUCCACGGUGGUGCUGUUGGUUUGCGGUGGCAAUGACAUCUCCGUAGAGAUGCUCAUGAAGUGGCAGGAACUGUAUGGAGUUUGCUGA